AUGGUGUCAUGGGGGAAACAAAACAGUGUCCAACAGGUCAAGCAAAUUGUGGUACCACGAAGAGGGAACUUCAUCAUCACCAACUCGCAGGAUCGCAUAAUUAGAACAUUCGAUCUGAACGAUAUCCUGGAUUGCCACAAUGGCUCUACUAUAGAACCGAAACAUCGGGUUACGGACAUCGUCAACAAGGCAUCGUGGAAGGCCGUUUGCACGGAUAGCGAAGGAUAUUAUAUUUGCGGCGCUAGUACAAAGGCUCAUUCGCUGUAUGUUUGGGAACGCACCACGGGAACAUUGAUAAAGAUUCUGCAUGGUACCAAGGGCGAGUGUUUGAUGGAUGUGCAGUGGCAUCCAAUUCGACCAGUCAUACUGUCAGUGGCCAAUGGAAUGGUUUCAGUUUGGACGCAGGCCCAUGUUGAAAAUUGGUCCGCAUUUGCCCCGGAGUUCACUGAGCUAGAGGAAAAUGCAAAGUACGAGGAAAAAGAGGGAGAGUUCGAUUUGGAAGAUGAAGAUGCGGAAGUGGAUGACAAAGCAAAUUCUCAAGUGGGUGUUAGCCCUUUAGCUGGCUGUCAUGUUUGA